AUGCCAAGAAACGUGUGGGCUGUGCUGGUGAUUUUGAUCUGCAUCUUGGUUUGCCCCGUGAGGAUCCGUGGAUUCUCAUGGAACAUCUUCUCCUCCUCCUCGUCUACGGCCACGGGCGGCGACGACCGCGCUCCGAUGAUGGAGCUCGACGGCGCGGUGGCCGACUUCGCCAUGGACGGAGCCAACAAUGACCCCAGAGGGCUCAAGUUGCUGGAGAACGCGCGGGACAAGCUCGCCGGGCCGAGGAACUGCUGGCAGGAGGCGUACCGGAAGCUCUUCGCCAGCUGCGGCGAGAUCAUGGCCGACAAGGAGAGGCAGUCGCGCCUGGCGUGGCACCUCACCGGCUGCUUCCAGGAGGACUCGGGGCGGCCGCCCUUCCCGUCCUGCGCAGAGGGCUCCAAGAUGGUGCACUGCCGCAAGCGUCUGAGUGAAUCGGAAGGCAAGGUCUUCCUAGAGUUCUUCUUGGAGACCAACACCCUGUGCCACCAAUUGCAGGCGGAAGCUUUCAAGCACAACACUGAGAGACUCAUCAAUGAACUCACAAGGACAUCCAAGUCCGCCGAGGAGAAGCUCGAGGUGAUCGAGGAGAGGUCAGAUCAGAUCAUCAAAGAGUCCAGUAAAGUUAAGGACACACUGGCAUCGAUCGAAAUGCAAGCAGACAACCUGGCAGAGGCGUCAAAGCACGUCGGGGAGCGGAUCAACGAUGUGCUGGUUCACUCGAAGUCCAUCUUUGAGCAGUCUAAGGAGAUCGCUACCACUCAGGCAGAACUGAGUAAAGGGCAAACGGAGAUGAAGGAGAAGAUUGAGGCCGGUAUGGUGCGCGUUGAGGAAUCAUAUGAAAGACUAGGAAAUGGGAUGGAUAAGCUAAAAGAAGAGACUGGAUAUGUGAAAAGGGAAAUUAAAAAUGUUGGUGAGUCAAUGUCUUCAAAGAUGCAGGAUUUGCAGCGCACUGCUGAUGACAUUGGGAGUGUUGCUGGCAAGUCGGUGGAGAACCAAAAGCAGCUACUGAAUGGACAGAACCAGGCCAUGGAUGGAUUGAAUAAGCUCCACAGCUUUCAAGCACAAGCUCUUGAAGAAAGCAGGGAAACAAUUCAGAAACUUGCACAGUUUGGCCAGCGUCAGCAGGAGGAGCUACUGUCCCGGCAAGAACAAAUCCGGCAAGCUCAUGAGCAUCUCAUCCAAAAUUCUCACUCCAUACUGGAAGCACAGGAAGAGUUCAGAGCAAAGCAGGCUAACAUUUUUGCUGCUCUGGACAAGCUGUACAUCCUGCACAAUGCCAUUCUAGCCGAGUCUCGCUUCAUCAAGGCCUUCUUCUUCUAUUGCUGCAUUGUGUUCCUCGUCUACAUGCUCACCAGCGCAAAGCAAACGUUCGGCAUCAGGGGCCAGCUCUACUUUGGUCUGUGCAUUACGCUUCUAUUGGAGAUUGGGUUGAUCAAAAUUGGCGCCGACGACUUCGACAAGCAGUUCUGGGUCAUGUCCAAGGUGUUCUUGGUCCGAAUGGUGUUCCUCGGCGCUGCCACUGUUCAGAUCCUGCACUCUGUAUUCACCUACAGGGACUACGAAGUGCUGAACCACGGGCUGCUCCAGACGCUGGUGGAGAAGGUCCGGGCGCUGGAGGAGAACGCCGGCAGGAGGGCGCUGUCGUACGGCUCAGAGUCGGAGGAGGAGGGCAUGAGGGACUACUCGUGGGUCUUCGACGAGCUGGCAGACGAGGUGGACAGCAAGAUGGACCCAACAUACGUCCUGCCGCCGGCGGAGCGGUCACCUCCAACCCGAAGGCGCAACCAAAUCGUCGUGGCGGAGGAGAUCGGCGAGAACUCUAUCACAACGUCGUUCUCCCGGAAGUACAACCUGCGUCCACGGAAAUAG